AUGACGGCGAAGCGGAGCAAGGUGGCGCCCAGCGCACGGCUGGGGCAGCUGUACGGCGGCAUGAAGUUUGGGGAGGAGAUGAACGUGCUUGAGGAGCACGUGAUGAGGACAGGCCUUGCUGACACCAUCAAAACCGUCUUGGGCAUUGAUUUGGUUGGCCCUUGUCAAGUGCUGCACAGCGUGGACAAGCCACAAACGAAGGACCUUCACUGCUGGCACAGGCAUGUAUACAACUUUGAUCCACCAGAGUGCAUGACUGUUGCCGUUCGUCAUGCAACAAAGGAGCACUGGUGCUAUUUCAGGGACGACCCAAGUGAGACCCCAGUGAUGGUGGUGCAUAACAAGGCAAGCGAUGGUGGUGUGUAUGGCGAUGCAGGCGACUCGAUACUGGCAUUGCUCGUGGCGGAGUGCAAGGCAGCAGACCGCAAGCGCGACGCGUCAGAGCUCCGACAGAAGCUCCAGGACCUGGCCAAGAAGUACAACAUACCAUUGACGCUGGGAAAAGCGAAGCGGAAACGCAAGGCCAAGGUCAAUGCGCCCACGUUCUCCGGCAUCGGCAUCUGUGUUCCCUUUGAUGAAGACACCGAGAUUGGAUAUCGCCCCCUCUCCGUGAGCGACAAGAAGCUUCGGUCCAUCUUGGACGCCAUUGUCAAGGCUAAACGCAAGAACCAAACCCCCGACUAUUCGCAGCUUGAUCUGCUCGUGCAAUACGCCAACAUCUCCAACGACGAGUUUGACUUUGGCCAGGCCCUCCAGCUCGGUCUGGACUUGUAUGCCCACUCGCUUAUCUUCAAGACGGAUGCCCUUCAUCUUCUGGCACCAACAUACGCCCUGCUCCAAAGGGACGUGUUUGCUGAUAUCCUUGAGCGGUUUACGCCACGACGCGGGCAGGGGUGGAAGGAAGCGGGGGAGCUGCGAACCCUCGAGGCUGCGCAGCCCGAGCACGACGGUAUCGAGUUUGACAACCUGUAUUUGGACAUGAACGGGAUCAUUCACCCGUGCUGUCACCCGGAGGACCGGGAACCGCCCGCAACGGAGGAGGCCAUGAUGGAGGCCAUCUUCGAGUACAUCGACCACGUCUUCACGCUCGUGCGGCCGCGGCGGCUGCUCUAUCUCGCCAUCGACGGCGUUGCCCCGCGCGCCAAGAUGAACCAGCAGCGGGCCCGCCGCUUUCGCUCAGCACAGGAGGCCGAGGACCGCAAGCGCGUGAUCGAGAAGCGGGUCGAGGCGCUGGAGGCGGACGGCGUUGCGCCCAAGUACUACUACCAGGUCACGAAGAAAAAGAUGUCGUUUGACUCCAACUGCAUCACCCCGGGCACGCCGUUCAUGGCCAGGCUGGCGCAGCGGCUGCGGGAGUACAUUGACGACCGGCUGCACUCCAACGCGGCGUGGAAGGACGUGCAGGUCAUCCUGUCGGACGCCUCCGUUCCCGGCGAGGGCGAGCACAAGAUCAUGGACUUUAUCCGCCAGCAGCAGUCCCUGCCCAGCUACGAUCCCAACAUGCGGCACGUGCUGUAUGGCGCAGACGCAGACUUGAUCAUGCUUGGUCUGGCCACGCACGAGCCGCACUUCUACAUCAUCCGCGAGGAGUUUGUGCCGCCGCCAAAGAAGCCCUGCCCCAUCUGCGGCUUCCGCGGACACGCGCUCAACGAAUGCACGGGCGGAGACCCCGUGCUGAAGAAGAACCAGCACCGCAAGGGCAGCCAGGUCAAGGCAACGUUUAUCGACGAGAGCCACAGCAAGGAGGCAGGUAGCCAUGGCGAGAAGGAGCAGGGGCAGGAGGCGCAGGGCGACGCGGAGAGGAAGACAGGCGAGCCACAGCAGAAGGAGAUGGACGCAGACAACGAUGUCGAUGGUAAUGGUGAUGGUGAUGGAGCGCAAGUGGCAAAGAAGGCCAAGGCGGCGGCUCACACAACAGCUCACACAACCUUGACCACAACAACAACCACAGAGACGAAGAGCGACACCCUGCUGGAAGUGGAAGAGGACGACCGAGGAGAGGCAGAGGAGCACAUGGCCACAACCACAACCACGACAACAACAAACACCGCCACAGCCGUGGAACAAGAGGCUGGUGAAGAAGAGGAGAAGGAAGAGCAUGAUGAGGAGAAUGGUGACGAGGAAGAAGAGGAGCAAGGGGAUGAUGAUGAGGGGGAUGAGGAUGAGCACAACACCGACAGCGACAGCAACGGCGAUGAAGACGCAUUCAAACCGCCCCAUGCCGACCACCCCGCUGCCCACCUCUUUGGGUACAAGCGGCUGCAGCGGCGCUACCCGGUGUUCCUCCUCGUCGACAUCCCGGCCCUCCGCCGUUGCCUGCAGGCAGAGUUUACGGGGGGCGGCAAUGACGCGCGGCGGCAGAGCGGACGCGAGCGCUUCAAGAUGAACGAGCGUGGAGCGAGGAUGGUUGACGACUGGGUGCUGCUGUGCUGUCUUGUCGGCAACGACUUCCUGCCGCACCUCCCCUCGCUGUCCAUCCACGAGGGCGCCAUCGACACGUUGACGCGGCUGUACGCGACCAUGCAGCGCUCGCUCGGCGGCUUCCUCCACGACAACGGGCACGUGAACCUUCCCCGGUUGGGCAUGUUUCUGGCGCGGCUGGGCACCAUGGAGGACCACGUCAUCCGCCAGCGGUUUGUGGAGAGCAAACAGAAGUCGAUUGUGCGCAAGCAGCACAAGCUACUCACCAAGUUCCGCAUGCAGGACCUGACUGGCCGUCAGAUGUUUGAUCUCACACAGACGUCACUGUUAAACCUGUACUCGACGGCGAUGGUGGCGAACAACGUGGCCGUCGCAACGUCGUCCACCACCAAGACGCGGACCACAACAGCCAGCACGGGCGGUGGCGCUGGGGUCGAGCAGAAGAUGGCGGUCAGCGAUGCAGCAGCUGGCGAGGAGCAAGUGCAACAGCAAGAACAGCGACAACAACAAGACCAACAACAGCAACAGCCUCAGCAGCAACACCAGCAAGCGCAACAACAACAACAAGCGCAACAGAAAGGCAAGGAAACCGAGACAACCACAUCAGCAAGUGCCGGGCGGGACCCGAGCAGCAUGACGGCGGAGGAGCGGAGGCAGUGGCUGAAGCAGAAGCGCAAGGAGAAGAAGAAGCGACGCAAGGCCGCCAAGAGCAACAAACAACAGCAGUCACAACAACAGCGACAGGGAGGGACAGCCGAUGAGUCAGCAAAUGGUACUCCGCCAUCAAAGAAGGCCAAGCAGUCAUCAUCGUUGCCAGUGUCAUCAUCGGCGUCAUCAUCAUCACCAGCACCACCACCAACAACAACAACAACAACAACAACAACAACAACAACAACAGCACCAACAGCAACAGCAACAGUAACAACAGCAUCAACAGCAACACCAACAGCACCAGCACCAGCAGUGUCAAUGACGAGCCCUGAAGCGCCACCACCACCAUCGUCCAUGGCUGCGAAGAUUCUCGCGUCCAAAGGAAAGUCUGCGUUUGCGAUGGCAGCCAAAACAGCGACGACCACCACCACCUCAACCACCACAACCUCGACCAGCGAGCGGGACAUUGAUGGCAUCGGUGUGCUGCCGGCCACAGCGGAGACAAUGGCUGCAGGGGGUGGUGAUGAUGGUGAUGAUGGCAAUGGACGGGAGGAUGACUUGCAUGCGGACGUGCUUGAGGGAUUCAAGGAGAUGUAUUACCGCAAGAAGUUUGAGAGCGCGGCAUCUGGCGCCACGUUCCUGCGAGACCUCGCCACAGCUUACACCGAAGGCGUGUGCUGGGUGAUGUUGUAUUACUUCCAGGGCUGUCCUUCGUGGUCGUGGUAUUACAAGUACCACUACGCCCCUUUCUGCUCCGACUUUGCUGCCCUUGAUAUGGACACAGUGUCACUGCCGUUCCCGGACGACUCGACGCCGUUCCGCCCGCUGGAGCAGCUCAUGGGCGUGUUCCCGCCCGCGAGCUCGUCCUUCCUGCCGGCGCGCUGGGCCAAGCUCAUGACGGGCAAGUCUGCCGUAUCCCGCUUCUACCCAUCCUCUUUCCGGGUCGAUCUCAACGGGAAGAAGUACGCCUGGCAAGGCGUGACGCUGCUGCCGUUCAUGGACGAGGACGUGCUGUUGACUGCGCUUGAUCGCGUGUACCCGUCACUGACGGGAGAGGAGGCGCACAGAAACGCGUUUGGCCACGACUUGCUCUUCCUCUCAAAGUCCUCACAGGCCUUGCAGGACCACAAACACCUGACUGCCUUGGGCACCGGUGAUGCUGAAGAACCAAGCACGGCGAACAAGGAGAAAGGCAAGCAAGAAGCGGAGAAGGGCGAGAGCGACAGCGGCCGGCGGCGGGAGGAGCUGCCACCGCCGCUGGUGCAGGGCGCCGUGUUUGCUGUCGAUGAGACCGUCAAGACGGACAAGGACAACUGGUGUGCUGGUUUUCGUAGCGGAUAUCAACACAACGAUGCUGGCGCCUUUGCGCGCCCAACAUUUAAAGACGUGAAGCGGUCUGUGAGUGUGGCGGCACUCGCGCGGUCGCGCGGGCAGAUGAUUGGGCUGCGGCGCGGCCGGCAGCGGACGCAAGUACGGGGCUCGUCCCUGGCGAUGGGGAUGGGCCUCAAGGGUGCGGGCCGUGGGGGCGCGUUCAUCGGCGAAGGCACGCCAACACGCGACAAAAGCAGCGGCGGCGGCAGCAGCAGCGACGCACCGCACCGUGGUGGCGGCGGCCGCGGUGGCAGGAACAGGGGUCGAGGGAGAGGAAGAGGGAGAGGACGGGGACGAGGACGAGGAAGGCGUGGUGGCGGACGGCGAAGGAGAUGAUGUUGAUGAUGGGUGGUGGUGGUGGUGGUGGUGACGUGACAUCGUGCUUGCUUGCUUGCUUGCUUCUUGCUUCUUGCUUUGUGUGUGAACAAUAACAAAGGCUGAAUUCAG